CGGCUCGGGAGAGACUUUGGGCAGGAGGGAUUGGAGCUGUGCUGUGAGGGGAAGGGCGGCGUUCGGAGGCUGUUUCCUCUUUCCGAGGCCCCGGUGGCGGACGAAGCCGGGCCGAGGCGGCGAAAUGGUCAUGGAGUACUUCGUGGAGAAUUUCUGGGGGGAGAGGAACAAUGGCUUUGAUGUUCUUUAUCAUAAUAUGAAACAUGGCCAUGUAUCUACAAAGGAACUAGCAGAUUUUAUAAGAGAAAGGGCUGCAGUAGAAGAGGCAUAUUCAAGAUCAAUGACAAAAUUAGCGAAAUCUGCCAACAGUUACUCCCAGAAUGGGACCUUUGCACCAGUCUGGGAUGUUUUCAAAUCAUCAACAGAAAAAUUAGCAGGCUGUCAUUUAGAACUUGUUCGGAAACUACAAGAACUAAUAAAGGAAGUGCAGAAGUAUGGAGAUGAACAAAUGAAAGCUCAUAAAAAGACUAAGGAAGAGGUUUCAGGAACUUUGGAAGCAGUACAAAACAUUCAAAGUAUUACCCAAGCGCUCCAAAAAGCAAAAGAAAAUUACAAUUCAAAAUGUGUAGAGCAAGAACGUUUGAAAAAGGAAAGUGCAACACAGAGAGAAAUAGACAAGGCAGCUCUAAAAUCUAAGAAAGCUACAGAUACAUACAAGCACUAUGUUGAAAAGUAUGCUGCAGCAAAAUGUGAUUUUGAACAGAAAAUGACUGAAACUGCACAGAAAUUUCAAGAUAUUGAAGAAAAGCAUCUUCUGCAUAUGAAAAAUAUUAUAGAGUGUUUUUCAAAUACAGUAAAAGAAGUUCACUUACAAAUGGGUGAGGUCCAUGAAGAAUUUAUAAACAACAUGGCCAACACAACAGUUGAAAGUUUGAUUCAAAAAUUUGCUGAAUCAAAAGGCACAGGCAAAGAGAGACCUGGACUUAUUGAAUUUGAAGAAUGUAAUACAGCCAGUGCAGUUGAAGGCAUAAAGCCAAGAAAAAGGAAGCAUUUUGGGUUACCAGGGAUUAUUAAGAAGGAAAAGGAUACAGAAUCUGUGGAAUGUCCAGAUGCUGAUUCAAUAAACAUUCCUGACGUAGACGAUGAAGGAUACAGUAUCAAACCUGAAGCAAGCCAGAAUGCCAAACAGAACCACUUCUAUUCCUCAAGUGAAUCUGAUUCUGAUGACGAUGAACCAAGGAAGUUCCACGUGGAAAUCAAACCUGUACUACCAAACAAUAGUUCUCAUUAUACAAUGCCUUCACUGGAUGAAUUAAAAGAAUCAAUAGGGAACAUCACAAUUUCACCAGCUAUAUCUAGACAUAGUCCUGCCCAAAUGAACCGGAACUCAUCUAGUGAAGAAUUAACAAAAGCAAAGUUUUCGGCAUCUAUUGAGAAAGGGAACAAUGACCUCUUGGCCUGGGAUCCACUCUUUAGAAAUUCUGGUGACUCAUCCUCCCUGACCUCAACAAUGUCAUCUUCAUCAACAGCAAGACCAACAACCCCUCUUUCUGUAGGCACCUUGGUGCCUCCCCCAAGACCAGCUUCUAGACCAAAGCUGACUACAGGGAAGCUCAGUGGAAUUAAUGAAAUUCCAAGGCCAUUCAGCCCACCUUUGACCUCCAGUUCCAGUCCACCCCCCUCAGCUCCUUUAGCACGUGCAGAGAGUUCCUCAUCAAUAUCAUCAUCUACUUCCUUGAGUGCAGCAAAUACACCCACAGUUGGAAUUUCACGCGGCCCUAGCCCUGUCAGCCUUGGAAAUCAAGACACGUUGCCUGUUGCAGUAGCCCUUACUGAAUCUGUAAAUGCCUACUUCAAAGGAGCAGAUCCUACAAAAUGUAUUGUGAAGAUCACUGGUGAUAUGACAGUCUCAUUCCCAAGUGGAAUUAUUAAAGUCUUCACCAGCAAUCCAUCUCCAGCUGUGCUCUGCUUCAGGGUAAAAAAUACAAGCAAACUAGAGCAGAUUCUUCCAAAUGCACAACUUGUGUACAGUGAUCCAUCACAAAGUGAUUCCAAUACAAAGGAUUUUUGGAUGGACAUGCAAGCUGUCACAGUCUACCUCAAGAAGCUAUCAGAGCAGAAUCCUUCUGCCUCUUAUUAUAACGUAGAUGUUCUCAAAUAUCAGGUGUUGUCAAAUGGCAUCCAGUCUACACCUUUGAAUCUUGCCACGUACUGGAAGUGCAAUGCCAGCACUACUGAUGUCAGAGUUGAUUACAAAUACAAUCCAGCUUCUAUGGCAGUGCCAAGUAUGCUGUCUAACAUACAGGUCAUGGUUCCAGUUGAUGGAGGUGUAAUGAAUAUGCAAUCGCUCCCACCAGCAAAAUGGAAUUCAGAACAGAUGAAAGCUUUUUGGAAGUUAUCUGGUCUUUCAGAAAAGUCAGAAAAUGGAGGUUCUGGCUCCCUUAGAGCUAAAUUUGAAGUUUCAGAAGGACCCAGCAAGCCAGCAACACUUGCAGUGCAAUUUAUCAGUGAGGGAAGUACUCUUUCAGGAGUAGAUGUUGAACUAGUAGGCACAGGCUAUCGCCUUUCCCUAAUAAAGAAGAGGUUUGCCACUGGUAGAUAUAUGGCAGAUUGCUGAAAAGCCUGAGAAGAAAUAUAGUCACUUCAAUGGGCAGAAAUUCAUUUUGUCUUCUAUUACUUUUCCAACACUAUUUUAACAUGCAUAAAUUUUUGAAAACAUGUUGCAUAAUUUUUGGAGUUUAUAUCCAACAAAAAUGCACUUUUAAAAUAAAUUGUUUAGAAAUAUUCUAUAUUUUGUAAUAGCACUGAAAGCAGACUCCAACACUAUCUGUACAAGAUUGACUGCAAUACAGAGAGACAGAAUUACUCAGAGGUUUAAUGCUGAUGUAGCAUCAGAGUCCGAAUAGCAAUUAUUUGUGGUUUUUAAAGUGUGUGGUGCUUUAUGACACUGUAAACAACCACAGCAUAUUUUAGCUUUCUAUACAUAUUACUCUUUUAUUUUUCAGUUUCCAUUAUUGCCAUUCCAUAAACAAAACAGUGGCGAAGUAAUUUUUGUUUCACUCUUGUAUAUUCAUGUUCCAUAUCUUGUUAAGAGAUAUGUAUACAAAAUAACUUGAUUCCCAUUAUACCAUAUAUAAUUAAAUGUACAUUAUUUUAUAAGAUGAUUUUAAAUGUAAAGUGCAAUUUUGGGUUUUUUUAAGUUGCAGACAAAUGUUUAUUUCUGCUAUUAGUUAACUUUAUGAGAGUUGUAAUUUUAAUGCUGUAGAUUAAUUUAUUUUUAUAUGAAAAGUGUAACAUUUGUGCCUUUUUAAAUCUGUGCCUGUCAAAAUGUUAAGGUGCCUCUUAUUUUUUUUUUUCAGUGUUUUUAUCUUCCACACGGAAAACAUCGUGCUUUUCUGUGCAACAUGUUCAACUACAUAAUUCCCUAGGCAGGGAUUUAGAAGGGAAACUUAAAUUAACUAUAAAACAGCCUUUAAAAUAUUAAAUGACUUCUUUAUAGAUUAAUUGCAAUAAAUACAGCCAGUGUAAAGGGACUUGCUUCUUUGUGGGUACACACAUGCACACCGCCACACACAACUUUUAAUCAAAAUGUAACUUCACUGUCACCAAAGAUGUGUAUAAUCUGAAGGUAUCUUAUAUUUUUAAACAACAAUUGUAGAAUUUCCCUUUGAUUGUAAAGUUUUUAAAUUUCAAAUAUAUGACAUGAAUGUAAAUGUUGCUUUCGAGGAGUGACAUGAUUUUAAAAGAUUGUUUUGAGCAAAUUAAAAUUCUAAUUCGUAUUUUCAAUUAAAUCAGUCAACUAACAUUUGAACGUUGGGAUUAAUCUUUUAGCCCUUUGCUUUGAACACAGUGAUUAAAAAUAGGUCUAAACAACAAAUGAAGUAAUCCAAGAUAAUAUUUAGUAUAAAGUGCUAUUUUCAAAGCAUGCUAUGUCUUAUGUUGUAAAGACCUUAUUAAAUGGUAUAAUUGAAAGUUGUGGGAAUAAUUGAAUUCUGUAACCAACAACUGUAUGGAAAUUCUUUUCUGAAUUCCAUUGUCUAGAAAAAGCAUUUAUUAAAAGCAGUUACAGGUAUUAUCCGAUGUGGGUGUCCGUAACCUUGCAAACUUGGAAUGUGUAAACCAUGUUUAUAUAAUGCCUAUAACCAUUUAAAGUAUGGUGAAUGUUAACCCACUACAAGGUAGAAGAUAACAACAGGUGUAUGUAUUUUCUUGAUUUCAAAGGAAUUUAUACUUAGGCUAGGCCAAAUAUCACCAGAUUUACGGUGGAAUCAUUAAUCAACAAUAACAUUUGUGGGGAGAGAACUAUCAGUUAUUUUUAGGGGGUGAGCAAAAUCAACUCUGGCUUACCUUUAAAGAUUAAAUGGCUGAAGGAUUUUUAUUUAAAAAAAAUGAUCAUUAGCCCAUUGAAGUUCUCAUCCUCCCCACCCUGAAAAUAAUCCAAUCUGGUGUGCAGUUCUACACCUACACAUCCAAAUGCCAAACUCCUUCAGUUCAAAACAAAUUGAUGCAUAGAUUAUUGACUGUAGUCAAAUUAUUACUUUGUUUUUCAUCUGUGUUAUUGUAUACAAAUUUUAACUAUUUCUUUGCAGCAAUAUAUACUGCAUUUUCAUUCCAAAAUGAUAGUCUCUACUGAACUUUUACUGGAACUUUAAAAUAAUUGGCAUUUCAAAUGGAACAGGCUUUUACUGGAAUCUUAAUUGUAAUCUGCAAGCCAAUCUAUUUAAACAGUUGACUAUUUUACUAUUGAAAUUCAACUUAUUCUCCAUUUUUAAUCAUGUGAUAUUUGUAAAUCAGUGCAAAUGCUAAAUUUCAGCACUUUUAAUCUAACCUUUUUACUAAAUGUUCUCAAAUUUACAUUCACAAAGGGGUGCAGGUUACAAUUUUGAAGCCAUACAAGUUUAUAUAGAAAUUUUGUAAAGAACUCUAAGAACUGUAAAAAAUAAACCUAUCUGAUGAAAAUGGUGUGUAGCAAGCUGGAUCUUGCUUGUUUAUAAAGUGAUCAUCUUUGUAGCUGCAUCUUGAGAGAAUUUGUAAACACAAUUUUAAACGGUCUGCGGUUUCUUAUGAACUGUAAAUUAGAGCAAUAUAAAUCUUAGAAAAAUUGUAAAUACAUCUGAUCUUUCAACAAAAUGUAAAAAAUAUACCCUAUAAUAAACAUGUAAUAUAUAA